AUGUGGACAAAUAGCACCGAUUCAGAAAGACAGAAGGCCAUCACAAUUGAGACAACAGCCUACGCUCUUCUAGCUGCAGUGAAAAAUAACAACACUCACUGGGCAAACCUAACAGCCUGCUGGUUACUCCGCCAAGAAAACUAUAAAGGGGGCUACCGGUCAACUCAGGACACCAACAUGGCGCUGGAGGCCUUGUCAGAAUAUGAACUAUCAAAGACUACUGGUUCUAUCGUAGACGUAACAGCAGAGUUCACAGUCCCAGGAAAAAAUGACAUUCUUAGGCUUGAACUGAAAGAAGGAAAAGAAAGAGUGGAAACAGACCUGCAGAAACUUAGUGGGAAAAACAUUACAAUAGAGUUGAGAGGACAAGGAAAUAUCAAGCUGAAAACUGUGAAGGCUUACCAUCUCUUGGACUCAGAGGAGGAUUGUUCCAAACUUAAUAUCAGUGUUAAAGUGGAGGGAAAAGUCAAAUACACUGAAAAGAUCAUAGAAAAUUAUGACUACUACGACGACUUUGAUGCUACUGAGGGAAAGCAGACCAGAGAAGCACGAUCAGCGAUCGACCGGUUUGACGCUCUCACACGAAGCAGAAGAGACCUUGAAAAUGAUGUAAAUUCAGACAGCAUUGUUACUUACACUGUCUGUGUCAGUUAUAACCCAAACAGCCCUAUGACUGGAAUGGGCAUUGCAGACAUCACAUUACUUAGUGGAUUUGAAGUGAAAAUUGAAGACCUGGACACGCUUAAAAAGCCCCCAGAGCAAUACAUUAGUCAUUAUGAGCUGUCAUCUGGAAGAUUGCUGAUGUACUUCAAUAAGCUGUAUGAAACCAGGGAAUGUGUGAGCUUUUCUGCUAAUCAGAUGGUGCCAAUUGGCCUUUUGCAGCCUGCCCCAGCUGUCUUCUAUGAUUACUAUGAACCUGAUAUAAAGUGCACCGUGUUCUACUCGCCUUCACGAAGAAGCAAGUUGGUCUCCACGUUGUGCUCAGAGGAUGUUUGCCAGUGUGCAGAAAGACCCUGUCAUAAAGUACAAGAGACCUUCAAAUCUAACCGAUUCAAAAACAUAAGGAAGAAUACUCGUUUUGAAUAUGCAUGCUUCUCCCCCCGAGUGGAUUAUGCUUACAUUUUAGAAGUCCAGGAUAUUUCUGUUAAGAGCAACUUUGAGCUGUACAGCACUAAAGUCGUCGACGUCCUCAAAUAUCAUGGAGACCUGCGUGUGACAGUCAACAGUGUUCGGGUGUUUGCCAAAAGGCUUCAGUGCAAAGGGCAGCUAGAAUUAGGAAGACAGUAUCUGAUUAUGGGCAAAGAUGGUUCCACUAAAGACUUAACUGGAAACAUGCAGUAUCUGUUGGAAUCAAACACCUGGGUGGAAAAGAAACCGCUAGAUACCGACUGCAAAAAAUCCGCAAACAUACGUACUUGUAAUGAGUUCAACGAAUUUAUUGACGAGUACAAAACCGAUGGCUGCAGACAGUAAAUGUGACUCAUGAAUCUGUUAACCUUUACUGCAAUUUACACAUUACAACUGAUGGAUAAAUUACCUUCUGUAACAUAAAAAAUAUAUAAAAGUAAUAAUCACACUGAAAAUAAAUUACUUGCUAGAGCGCCACUUUAUUUUUUCCAGUUAAUGCAUUGUUUUUAUUUCCUCAUGUUGGAGUUACAUGAUAUGUAGCUGAAAUAAACAUGACUUCUUGUUGGG